AUGGCCCAACCGUUAAUGGGAAAUCUUCCUGAAUCCCGAGUGGAUAUUGCCGCACCGUUCGAGUUAUGCUGGGCCAAUUUCAGUGAAGGAGGAUUAACUACGAAGGCCAAAAUAAAUGAUUUUCUACUACGCCGUGAAGUGGAAUGGGACUUCAUUCCACCGAGAUCGCCUAACUUCGGAGGAUUAUGGGAAGCCGGAGUAAAGGUGGUAAAACUGCAUUUAACCAGAACUCUGGGAAACGUGACCAUGACCUUUGAAGAGUUUCAUACCGUGCUGACUCAUGUUGAGUCAAUCGUCAACUCCCGACUAUUGUACUUUUCGUCUGAUGAUCCGAAUGAUCCACAAUCGAUAUCUCCAGCUCAUCUGAUGUUUGGUCGGCCUUUGGAGCCGAUGCCCAAACCAUCCUAUGCGGACGUUCCAGCCAAUCGUUUGACGUGA